AACACAAGGAAGGUGUUUCUAGAAAUUAACACAUUAACUGGUACAUGUAGCGUGUCUGGCUUUAUCAUAGGAUACUUGGACCAGACUAAUGGCUUUUUUAAGACGUGUGUAUGUCGUAUUCCUUGGAUUCCUGGGACUGCUGAUUUCCAUUGGCUUCCGAUCCGUGUUUUCGAUGAUAAUGGUACAUGUCGUCAAAUCUAACCAAGGCGAGAAGGAGGGGCUCUUUGGAAAGUGCAAUGUGAACGGCACUGCCCGAGAUCUAAGCGUGACCUAUUCCGUCCCAGACACGCAGUUUUUCCAGUCCGCCUACUUUUUCGGCUCGUUCCUCAUGCAGCUCCCCGGGGGGUAUCUGGCCACCCGGUUCUCACCCAGAAGGGUUUGUGGAUUAUCGAUAUUGAUUAGCAGUGUUCUGAUGAUCGUGCUGCCGUUCCCGAUCCAAUACAUCCAAAACCCGGCUCCAGUGUUCAUCAUUCGCUUUCUCCAAGGCUUAGUGGAGGGUUGGUCUGUCCCGGCGAUGAAUGGUGUUAUAUCUGCUUGGGCCCCGAAAUCUGAAAAAAGUAGAAUGGUCACCUUCGUGUAUGCGGGAGCGUACCUGAGCCCCGCCCUAGCUAUGGUGCUCACCGGGGUCUCUGCUUGCUGGGUCUCCUGGAACGCCAGCCUGUUUCUGUAUGGUGGUUUGGGUGUCAUUUGGUCCUUUGCAUGGGUGUGCACUAUAUAUGAUACUCCCACUUUGCACCCGGGCCUUCAUAGAUCGGAAACAGAUGUGUUCUCAAAGGAAGGAGCUAAUGUUUCCAAGGGAUCUCAAAGCGUGGCUCAAAGAAUACCUUGGUCAAAGAUUUUGAGAUCGCUUCCGGUCUGGGCUAUCAUUCUUGGGAGUUUCUGCCGCAACUGGAUAUUCUCCAUGAUGAUUACCCAGGUGCCUCAGUAUUUUAAGGACGCUUUCAAUAAGGAUAUUGCUACAAUUGGAUUCACGGCAGCGUUGCCUGAGGUACUGAUGACCAUCGUCACAAUAUCGGGAGGGGUGUUCAUCGACAAGUUAAUCAAACACAAUCUAUUGUCUACUUCACAUGGACGGAAGCUAGCGCAGUGCAUGGGAUUUGGAAUCGAGGCUCUCUGUUUGAUUGGAUUACGAUUUGUUGAAACCAGCGAGAUAGCUCUGACGCUGCUCAGUGUAGGGGUGGGUUUCAGUGGUUUGGCUAUUUCUGGAUACCAAGUUAACCCCCUUGAUCUCGCCCCUCAGUACGUCAGUAUCCUAACAGGCCUCUCACGUCUGGGCACGCUGGGCGCCAUCCUCAGCACCUUCGUAGCUGGAAAGUUACAUCAAAAUAAUCUCCAAUCAUGGCAAAACCUGUUUACAAUUGCUGGUUCCAUCCAUUUGGCGGGUGUUUUGUUUUACGGAAUUUUCGCGUCGGGUGAGAGACAACCAUGGGCUGAACCAACUGAGACCCGACCUCUGCUGGCACCGGUGGACAGUGUACCGGAACUUUCAAGGAAUGUUUUGGAAGAGGAUGUUGGAGAUUCUAAAUUUAGUAAAUCUUUGUUUCAACCUAAAAGAAGGCGUUCCAUUUUGAAUGAUUUUGAUGAAGAUGGAAAUCCUAGCUGGUUUUUGAAUACAAUAUAAAUAAUAAAGAUUUUUUGAUACCGGCAAUUUUUCACAUACAUUUGUACUAUUAAGUAGUUACAUUUGAAAUUUUUAUCAGUUUAAGAGUCAAAUUGAAAGGUGCGUUAAUUUAACUUAUUUAUUUACAAGGAAAUAUUCAACCACUGAACUUUGAUCGUUUAAAUCGCUUACGUAAAGGUAUUAUUUCGUUGAAUGUUUAGAAACGUAACAAACAAUUGAUAUACACUCUGUAAUUAUACACAAAUAUAUAAUUAUACACUAGAACUGUAUACUGUAUGAUUAAUAAUUGUCUUUCAUUUUAAUUGUUGUUAUGAAUCGUGUUUGAACAGCUGUUGUGUAAAGUAGUUUUUUUUUUAUAAUGGAUACAUGUUUCAAUAAUAUAGCGGUGAGAUCUUUGCAAAGUGCAUAAAAUGGCUAUGUCGCAGUGUACAUGUACAUACAUGUAUAUAUUAAUUAGUGUUCUUUUCUUAUUGUUUUUUUUUUUUUUUUUUUUUUUUUUUGUUAAUAAUAAAAAAUAAAAUAAAAACAUAAUCUGUGCCCUUUUUUCUCUUAUUUAAUUGAAUAUACACUGCCUUUAUAUAUAAAAAUUAUGUGUUAACAGAAUUCAAACUUUAAUAAAAUGUGUAUGCCAGAAUGCUAAUUAAAAGUAGUACCACAUAUUGUAGAACAUGUAUCUUCAUGAAGAAUUAAAAAAAAAAAUUGUUUCCUUCAUA